AUGAGUUACGUCAAAAAGGAUGAGGACGCUGAUCAGGUCAUGAUCAAGCUCGAUCGGACCUCCGUCUUCCAAGAUGCACGUCUCUUCAAUUCCUCGCCAAUCUCUCCACGAAGAUGUCGAACCCUCCUGACCAAGAUCGCUGUCCUUAUGUUUACGGGGGAGCAAUUCCCCACGAAUGAGGCGACCACUCUAUUCUUCGGCAUUUCGAAGCUGUUCCAGAACAAGGACCCUUCCCUGCGGCAAAUGGUCUAUCUGAUUCUGAAGGAACUCGCGAACACGGCCGAGGAUGUCAUCAUGUCAACAAGCAUUAUCAUGAAGGAUACCGCUGUCGGUAGCGACAUCCUCUACAGAGCAAACGCCAUUCGGGCUCUGUGCCGCAUCAUUGAUGCCACCACCGUGCAAGGUAUCGAGCGAUUGAUCAAAACCGCUAUUGUCGACAAGACCCCUUCUGUCUCCUCCGCCGCUCUGGUUUCUUCAUACCACCUCCUUCCAAUUGCGCGCGAUGUCGUCCGUAGAUGGCAGAGUGAGACGCAGGAAGCUGCAUCCGCAUCGAAGUCGUCGACCGGUUUCCUUGGCUUCGGCGGCAGCUCUUCGAGUCACGCUAUCUCGCAAUCAAACUUUAUGACUCAAUAUCAUGCCAUUGGUCUCCUGUACCAGAUGCGCUCUCAUGAUAGGAUGGCGUUGGUGAAGAUGGUUCAGCAGUAUGGAGCAGCUGGUGUUGUGAAGAGCCCCGCCGCGCUGGUAUUGUUGGUGCGAUUAGCAGCGAAGUUGGCGGAGGAGGAUCCAGGCCUGAGGAAACCGAUGAUGCAGAUGCUCGAUGGCUGGCUCCGGCAUAAGCAUGAGAUGGUCAACUUCGAGGCGGCAAAGGCAAUCUGCGAUAUGCGCGAUGUUACCGAUGCGGAAGCGUCACAGGCUGUUCAUGUUCUCCAGUUGUUCCUCUCUUCUCCCCGCGCCAUCACUAAGUUUGCUGCCAUUCGUAUCCUCCACAACUUUGCCAGUUUCAAGCCUCAUGUUGUCAAUGUGUGCAACCCUGACAUUGAAUCUCUUAUCUCCAACUCCAACCGUUCCAUCGCCACUUUCGCCAUCACAACGCUGCUCAAGACUGGCAACGAGGCCAGUGUUGAUCGCUUGAUGAAGCAGAUCUCCGGUUUUAUGGCUGAUAUCACGGAUGAGUUCAAGAUCACUAUUGUUGAGGCUAUUCGGACUCUCUGCUUGAAGUUCCCCAGCAAGCAGGCCGGUAUGCUGGCGUUCCUCAGCGGCAUUCUCAGGGACGAGGGUGGAUAUGAAUUCAAGCGGAGUGUCGUUGAAAGCAUGUUCGACCUGAUUAAAUUCGUUCCUGAGAGCAAAGAAGACGCCCUUGCCCACCUCUGCGAGUUCAUUGAGGACUGUGAAUUCACCAAGUUGUCGGUCCGAAUUCUGCACCUUCUCGGUAUGGAAGGGCCCAAGACAUCUCACCCCACUAAGUACAUUCGCUACAUCUACAAUAGAGUCGUCCUGGAGAAUGCUAUCGUACGAGCUGCCGCUGUAACGGCCCUGGCCAAGUUUGGCGUCGGACAGAAGGACCCUGAAGUGAAAUCCAGUGUCUCCGUCCUCCUUACACGCUGCCUUGACGAUACGGACGAUGAGGUACGAGACCGAGCUGCCCUCAAUCUUCGUCUUAUGGCGGAAGAGGACGAGAUGGCCGAGCGGUUCAUCAAGAACGAUUCUAUGUUUUCACUUUCUACGUUCGAACACCAGCUUGUCAUGUACGUGACAUCGACAGACAAGGAGACAUUUGCCGCGGCUUUCGACGUUUCCACGGUUCCUGUUGUCACACAAGAACAAGCAUUGGCCGAAGAGAGGACCAAGAAGCUCACGACUGCAACACCCACCCUCAAGGCUCCUUCUGCGGGCCCUCCCAAAGGCAAGGCCAACGGCGUCGCCGAGGCGGCAACCGCAGCGGCAACUCAGAAAUAUGCCGAGCAACUCAUGCAAAUUCCCGAGCUCAAGGCAUACGGAACUUUGCUCAAGUCCUCUGUGCCUGUUGAGCUUACUGAGAGCGAGACCGAAUACGUGGUGACAGCUGUCAAGCAUGUUUUCAAGGAGCACAUUGUGGUGCAAUACGACAUCAAGAACACUCUGCCCGAUACGGUACUUGAGGAUGUAACGGUAGUCGCCACUCCUUCCGAGGAAGAGGUCCUGGAAGAAGAGUUCAUCGUGCCAGCUCCCAAGCUGGCUACAAACGAGCCUGGUAUCGUAUACGUCACCUUCAAGAAACUCGCCGGCGAACACAGCUUCCCUGUCACAUCAUUUACGAAUAUCUUGAAAUUUACCAGCAAAGAGAUCGACCCUACCUCCGGAGAGCCGGAGGAUAGCGGAUAUGAGGACGAGUAUCAAGUCGAGGACUUGGAGCUUACUGGCAGCGACUAUGUCAUUCCCACGUUUGCCGGCAGCUUUGACCACGUCUGGGAGCAGACCGGCGCGAACGGGGAGGAAGUCAGCGAGACACUGCAACUCAGUAACAUGAAGAGCAUUUCAGAUGCCACCGAGCAAUUGAUCACUGCCCUUUCUCUCCAGCCUCUAGAAGGCUCAGAUGUGGCUCUAAGCAACAGCACACAUACGCUCAAGCUCUUCGGAAAGACUGUGUCAGGUGGUAGGGUUGCAGCUUUGAUCAAGAUGGCUUUCUCAAGCAAGACGGGUGUCACUACCAAGAUCACCAUUCGAGCGGAGGAGGAAGGUGUCGCUCCCGCUGUCAUGGCAGCUCUUGCUUAA